AUGAAGAUAAUCAUCUGUUUUUGCAUUUGGGCAGCAGCAUGGGCCAUUCCGGUUCCUCGAAUCAAGUCAUUGGAGAGACAUGCUGUUGGCCAAUCUGUGAAUUUAAGUCUUCCAGCAAAAUUAAAAGUGCCAGUACAGGAUGAGUUAUAUGCUAAUGAUACCACCAAAGAAAGUGGUGUCCCUAUGCAUGAAAAUGAAAUGGGAAGGCAACAGUAUACCAAAGAUGGUUACAAAGUAGAAGGAAAUGGCCCUGAGUGGGCAGGAGUAGGAGGGGAAAGAUCUGCUACACAUUCCAUGUCAGUAAAUGAAGAGGGGAAUCCUGGGGAUCAGAAUGGGGGCACAGAAAAAUCAGAAACAUAUGGCCAUGAUGGAAUACAUGGUAUUAGGGGACAAGUAAGCACUGUUGACAUGACUGGCGCAGCAAAUGGGAGCAAUAUUAAUGGAAAUACUGAUGAGAAUUUUAAAAAUGGGGAUGUUGGAGAUGCAAGUCAGAGUGAGAAUGCCACUGUGGUUGACGAAGAUGAGCAUCAAGUAUCUGGAAGCGGUAAUAGCACAGGCCGUGAGGAUGACAUAAAUGGGAAUUCCUGUACGAAUGAGGGUGAUACAAGUGCAGUAACACCUCAGAAAGAAGGUGAGAGAAAUGGUCAUGAAGGGGCAGGGGUAACACCAGGGGGAAACGGAGCUGGCAAUAGAGAAGACCCUGGCCUCGAUAAUUCUGAUGGGAGUCCUAGUGGGGAUGGAACAGAUGAGGGUGAAGACAAGGGCUCUGGUGAUAAUGAAGGUGAAGAAACGGGAAAUGGAAAAGAUGGCACUGAUAAUAGCCAGGGCCAGGAGGGCCAGGGUCAUGGAAAAGAAGGCGGCAAUGAUAAUAGCUUAGGUAAAAAUUCAAUUAGCAGUGAAGAUGAUGACCCUGAGGACAAAGAAGAUCCCCACGACACGGAUGGAGACCAUGUCUCCGAGAGUGAGGAGGAUUCCGAUCAGAUCCUAGAAGAAAAUGACAGCCCAAGAAUGGAGGCCAUCCAAAACACCAAUCACAGAGAAAACCAUGGUGUGGAUAAUGGAAUUACCAGAGAAUCAGAGCCAAGUACGAAUGGGAAGAGCCAAGAUAAGGGAAUAGAAAUUGGAGGUCCCAGCAGUGGCAAUAGAAACAAUAUUACCAAAGAAGCUGGGAAAAUCAUUGGCGAUAAAGAGAGUAAAGGACAACAUGGAGUGAUUGUGGGCAAUGGAAAUGUCCAGACACAAGGGGAGAUUGACAACAUGCAAGAACCUGGCCAGAAGUCAGAACCUGGAAAUAAGGUUGAACACAGCCAAACAGGUAGUGAGAGUAACAGUGAUGGUUAUGAUAGUUAUGAGUUUGAUGAUGAAUCCAUGCAGGGAGAUGGUCCCAACAGCAGCGAUGAGUCUAAUGGCAGUGAUGAUGCCAAUUCUGAAGGUGACAAUGACAGCAGUAGCCGAGGAGAUGCAUCUUAUAACUCAGAUGAAUCAAAAGAUAAUGACAAUGACAGUGAUUCAAAAGGAGAAGGAGAUGAGGACAGUGACAACACAUCAGAUGCUAGUGAUAGUGACAGUAACGGCAAUGGUAACAAUGGGAGUGAUGAUAGUGAAUCAGACAGCAGCAAAGAUAAAUCAGACAGCAGUGACAGCAGUGACAGCAAUGAUAGUAGUGACAGCAGUGACAGCAAAUCAGACAGCAGUGACAGUAGUGACAGCAGCGACAGUAGUGACAGCAGUGACAGUAGUGAUAGUAGUGACAGUAAAUCAGAUAGCAGUGACAGCAGUGACAGUAGUGACAGCAGUGACAGCAGCGAUAGUAGUGACAGUAGUAACAGCAGUGACAGCAGUGAUAGUAGUGACAGCAGUGACAGCAAAUCAGACAGCAGCGACAGUAGUGACAGCAGCGACAGUAGUGACAGCAGCGAUAGUAGUGACAGCAGUGACAGUAGUGACAGCAGCGAUAGUAGUGACAGCAGUGAUAGUGACAGCAGCGAUAGUAGUGACAGCAGUGAUAGUGACAGCAGCGAUAGUAGUGACAGCAGUGACAGUAGUGACAGCAGCGAUAGUAGUAACAGCAGUGAUAGUGACAGCAGCGAUAGUAGUGACAGCAGCAAUAGUAGUGACAGCAGUGACAGCAAAUCAGACAGCAGUGACAGCAGUGACAGUAGUGACAGCAGUGACAGCAGCAAUAGUAGUGACAGCAGUGACAGCAGCGAUAGUAGUGACAGCAGUGACAGUAGUGACAGCAAAUCAGACAGCAGUGAUAGCAGUGACAGUAGUGACAGCAGUGACAGCAGUGACAGCAGUGACAGCAGUGACAGCAGCAAUAGUAGUGACAGCAGUGACAGUAGUGACAGCAGUGACAGUAGUGACAGCAGUGACAGCAACGAUAGUAGUGACAGCAGUGACAGUAGUGACAGCAAAUCAGACAGCAGUGAUAGCAGUGACAGUAGUGACAGCAGUGACAGCAGUGAUAGUAGUGACAGCAGUGAUAGUAGUGACAGCAGUGACAGAAAAUCAGAUAGCAGUGACAGUAGUGAUAGUAGUGACAGCAAAUCAGAUAGCAGUGACAGCAGUGACAGCAGCGAUAGUAGUGACAGCAGCGAUAGUAGUGACAGCAGUGAUAGCAAAUCAGAUAGCAGUGACAGCAGUGAUAGUAGUGACAGCAAAUCAGAUAGCAGUGACAGCAGUGACAGUAGUGACAGCAGCGAUAGUAGUGACAGCAGUGACAGUAGUGACAGCAGCGAUAGUAGUGACAGCAGUGAUAGCAAAUCAGAUAGCAGUGACAGCAGUGAUAGUGACAGCAGUGACAGCAAUGAAAGCAGCGACAGUGCAUCUGACAGUAGUGAUGAGAGUGACAGCAAGAGCAAGUCUCCUAAUGGCAACAACAACGGAAGUGAUAGUGACAGUGACAGUGACAGUGAAGGCAGUGACAGUAAUCACUCAACCAGUGAUGAUUAG